UAAAGACAUUAUGAUGUUAGUGAUGUUUAGAUAAACACCCUCUCCCCUCAACAAAUCAGCCGUUUGGUCUGAAUUUCCGGCACCCUCAAUGUCACGUUUGUUGUUUAUAAAAUCGUCUUGUCUUACGGGGAAUUUGUGUUUUAAAUUAUGUUUAAAUACAGCUGUCUGUUGUUUAAUUCUGUGAGCAACGUAUGCCGGCAGUUGACUGCCUCAGUAAAUGCAAAUGCCAUCUCUCAGUAUGGAAGUCGAGGACUGCAGCGAACAAUAUGCAGCAGCUCUGUCAAACAGCAGGAGACAGAAGCGACGUCUAGGAAAGACUUCAGCUACUUUCCUCCAAUGCCUGGCCAGGACAGCGCUCUGAGAUGGGCUGGAAAAAAGUUUGAGGAGUUACCUAUCGUCCACAUAAAAGCCACAUACAACAACACACACAUCCAGCUUACGGACAGCGCAGGGGAGUCUAUGGUGAGGACGUCCUGCGGUACGGAGGGCUUCAAGAACGUCAAGAAGUCCACGCCCAUCGCAGCUCAGACGGCGGGCAUCUCCGCGGCAGCCAAAGCCACAGCAAAGGGAGUGACGUUUGUUCGUGUUUUGGUCAAAGGUCUUGGUCCUGGACGUCUGUCUGCAAUCAAAGGCCUGACGAUGGGAGGCCUGGAGGUGGUAUCCAUCACCGACAACACCCCCGUGCCGCACAACGGAUGUCGCCCACGGAAAGCCAGAAGGAUUUGAUGCUCGAGUGCCAGAGUACUUGGCAACAGGGGAGGGAAGGGGGGUUGUUGAGAUGUACUAUGCUAAUAAAGUGUUUUGUUGUGUAA